GCAGUCGUGAUAGUACUGCAAUUAAAAGUACGAAAUCAAUUGUAAAAAGUGUGGAUGAACCACAGCCUAGAAAUUUGUUCACAAUCUGGAACUUCCACGGACAAGUUGUGUACAAAAAAAUUGUUGAUGCCACAGAAAAUUUCAGCGACACCCACUGCAUUGGGAAUGUUAGGUCAUGGUUCAGUGUAUAGAGCUCAGUUGCCAACAGGGGAGAUAUUUGCUGUAAAGAAGAUUCAUAUGGUGGAAGAUGGUGAGAUACUUCAUCGCGAAAUAGAUGCGUUGAGGCACAUUCGGCAUCGCAGCAUUGUGAAGUUAUUUGGCUACUGUUCUGCUCCUCGAGGGAGAUUUCUUGUGUAUGAAUACAUGGAGAGAGGAAGUUUGGCAGCAUCUUUGAAGAGAAAAGAGACUGCAGUUGAAUUGGUUUGGGCGAGGAGAUUAGAUAUUAUUAGGGAUGUUGCUCAUGCUUUAUCUUACAUGCAUCAUGGUUGCUUUGCGCCCAUAGUCCAUAGAGAUAUAAAAAGCAGCAACAUUUUGCUUGAUGUUGAAUUCAGAGUCUCCAUCUCUGAUUUUGGUAUAGCCAAAAUACUAGACGUGGAUGCGUCAAACUGCACAAGACUUGCCGGAACAAAAGGAUACCUUGCCCCAGAGCUUGCAUACACAACAAGGGUGACAGAGAAGUGUGACGUUUAUAGUUUUGGAGUUCUGGCUCUAGAGUUGUUUAUGGGACAUCAUCCAGGUGAUUUUCUUUCAUCCAUGGCCAACAGAAGUACGGAACUCGAGGAUUUGCUGGACACCCGACUCCCCCUUCCUGAAGCUGAGAUCGCAAGUGAAAUAUUUGAAGUGGUCGUGGUUGCUGUUCGGUGCAUAGAACCUGAUCCAUCGCUCCGCCCAACGAUGCAAGAAGUAAUCAAGGUGUUCUCUACAACUGAAGGACCUGAUUAUUGUCUUGAUUAUCUGCACACCGAUAUUGCCAUCCCUCCCUGCUGGUCAUGAAUGUUCAUUUAGUACAUUGUUGUUGCUUUCUUUUUAUUACAAACUGUGUGUAAUACUUCAUCUGUAUGGUAGUUUGUUCUCUGCUAAUAUUGUGUACCAUUCAUAGUUGGUUAGCUAUUGCUUCAGAACA